GGUCGCCGAUGGGGUAGGUCGCGUCGCCCCUUCGGAAAAGUGUAGUACGUGUGUAAUGCUGGAAGCCUUUGGUUAUAGUUUUAAAUGUUUCCAGCUACCAAAAGUGUAACAGUUUAGUGUUAAAAUAAAAUUAAUACACCAAAUAUGUGAGUGAUAUAGUGUUAAGUGAUAAAUGACCCCUUAAAAAUGUUAGCUUGUGUCUGCCAACCAAUGGAAACUGCGUUGUUGUUUAAAGGUGGACCUCCUGUAGCCAUGGGACCACUAGGUACUAGUAAAAUGCGACAGAAUUCAAAUGUCAUGAAAACUAUAUUUCCGAAACCAGACAGAAGACUCAGUGAAGACACCAAAGAUAGCUCGUCAGCUUCAUCGCCUUCAUGCAUUGAACCUUCUGCAAGCCUUUUAAACUUAAGGAAGAUCGAACGUAGAGCAAAAUCAACGAAAAUACUUGUCAAUCCAGUAUGCUCUGAUGCUGGAACGAGCGAUGACAGCUAUAAUUCAAAAACUGUUAAUAACAGAUGGAAUGGUAAGAAAAAGCGCCUCAAGACUGAGAAUAGUAAGAAUCAUAAAAAGGACGACGCUAAAUGCGAUAAGAAUGAUCCAAUUAGACGCGAAGCAAAAAGAGACAAGAAAUCAAUAUCAUGCUUCAAAAUGAAAUGCUCCAAUGAUAAAUCACGUUCAGAUGAAGAUAGAAAAUCUGGAGGCGAGAAUUGCACUAAUGAGAAUGCUAGCAAUCUAAACGUAGACAAACCAGACAUUAUUAAUCACACGAAGAGUAAAGAGAUUCUAGUUGAUGAAAGCACGAUGACGGAUGAUUUGAAAAAUGACCAAUUGAGUACGAGAAAGACUGACAUAGCGGUUAAGGACAAAGAGUUGGGGGAAGGGGUGGAGUUGACCCUGGGCGAGCUGCGCGCGAUGGCGCUCCGACAACAGCAGCAGAUCGACACGCAGCAUCAGUUGCUCUGCGCCAAGGAGCAGAGGCUGAGGUACCUGAAGCAACAAGAAGCGAGGCAACAUCAGGUGGCCGUAGAAGGCGAGCGACUACGAAGGCUACGAGAACGCGUAGAAGCGCAGGAGUUGAAGCUACGACGGCUACGAGCGCUACGAGGCCAGCUAGACAGGAACAAGCAAGCAAAUAUCGCACUUACCAGUGACCUCGAGUCGAUUCGCGCGCUUUUCAAUGAGAAGGAGAAGGAGUUGUCAGUGGCGGUGGCCAAAGUGGAAGAGCUGACGAGGCAGCUUGAGGAGUUGAGGCGAGGUCGCGCGCAGCCCGCCCCGCCUUCUGCGCAUGAGCUGGACAAACUGAGGAGGGAGUUGAUGUACCGCAACAAGCUAAAUGAACAGCAGAACGGAAGGCUGUCGGCUCAGAGAGCGGCGCUAGGCGCUAGACAAGAGGAGAUGAGAAGCAUCGACCGGAGAGUAUCAGAGCUACAAGCGAGAUUACUGAGAAAGCGAGCCUUAAACAGACAGCUAGCGGCGGCGCACAGACAUCCUCAGCAGCAACAGCAAAGAACCAACAACCUGACACCAAUGCAGCAGCUUUCCAACUACAACGGGAGUCAACCAAAGAACCAGCAAGCGAGAGGAAACGUUGCUGCAGUUGAGCCUUACAACCACGUGCCUCAUGCUCAGAGCGUCAGUCAUAAUGCUAACUUCCAGGCUAUGAAGCAGAAUGUAAUACAAAAUAACGUGCCAUUAAAACAACUUACACAGAGUGACAAUAUACAAGCUCAUUUGACGCAACAAGAAGCUCAUUAUUUGCAACAGAAACAAAUGAUGAACCCUCUAUAUAAUGGAUACCCACACAUACAACCUGGAGAAAACCAAUACCAGAAUCAAUAUCCAAAUAAACAUGAAUCAAAUGCCUUUAGUCACGUUCAACAGGGAAUAAGCAACGCUUAUGAUCAAAAAGGAAUGUUUGAUCAUAUGAAAUACCAAGAUUAUAAUAAACAACCACAGUACAGUCCUAAUAGUACAAGCAGUUCGAACAGUAACCAAACUGGUAAAGAGCUUAAAAUAAACGAGCAGGAAUUCUUGCCAGAAUUUGCCGCAAGCAAAUCAGAUCCCAAAUAUCAAACAUUGCCAUAUAACACCAAAUUCCCUCAAAGUACAAAUGGAAAGUUGAAAGCAGAAGUAAACGGAAAGAAUGUCGAUGAUAAGAAUGCUAAUAUAAAUGUUAAUCAUAUGACAGUACAUUCUACGCCACUCACGGUUGUGAACAAGAGUCUGGCGACACCUCUAAGUCAAACUGAAACUACAUAUCCACAGGAACAUACAUAUCAGUUGCAGAAAUCAGACUCCUCUAGUAGAUGUAAUCAAGAAGGGAAAGAGAACCAUGCAUAUCCACAAAAUUCUAGGCUAAGUCAGAGUAAUAGUCAGAGCAAUGAUGGCUCGAAGAAUAGUUCAGGGAAAAGUCUACAGGGUAAUGCGAUAAAGGGCAGUUCUCCGAGUUUGGGAUCCAAUACAACAUCUGCUAGCAGUUCUAUAGGUUUUGGGAAACCUGUAUCAAGUGUAGCACCCACAACAGUUCAGGUAUCAAGCGGAAAACCAUCACCCAUAUAUCAGACAUCAUCCACAAAGAUCCAACCGGUCCAACCGCAGACCGUUCAAACUCAAAGUAUCACAGCACCAUCAACCAAUCAUGUAGCUAGUAACAUGGCAACUUCCCAACCCCAGAUCAUUAGAAACACGGCAUCAGGGCUGUCGAGUAGUGGAAGCAACUUCAGUGGCCAGAAUACGUCACAAAGUAUUCUUCUAUCUCCACCGCAAAGUGCCAGUACGCCGUUGUCUACGCCUGAUGUCAGCGGCACAGAUAAAUCUCCUAAACCAGCCUUACCUCCAAAACCUACGAUCAAGACACCACCGAGACAAUCGGCAAAUAAUGAUGUAGGUUUCAACCAAAACUCGGAGUCCACAUCCAUCGAUUCAGAGGAAUCUCAGCAGAAUCAAAAGGAAUCCAGCAAUGGUAGCAACAACAAUGAAAUGAUCAUCAAAGCACGUCCACUAACGAUAAGAAAACCACCUUUAAGUGAGCAACCUAAGUUGCGCAAUCUGAAUCCAACAAAGAACGGAAUAAGUGUCAGCAUCAACCGCCGUAUAGAGAUGCCACCAGCGUUUUUGUUCCCAGAAAUGGAUCGGCUGACUCUGGAUUCCGUUCCCAACGAAAUGCAGAACGGCCUAAAAGACACGAAGAAAGACGAAGUCGAUAAGGCUCUAAAUAAUAACAUAUCGUUAGGUAGUGAUAAGGAUGAUGUAGGGGAUAUAGCUGAGCAGAUAAGUUCUGUCGAUUUGAACGGUCAGGAUUCUCAGGGCACUGAGAAUGUUUUGAGGCGGUCAAAGAAGGGCAACUUGAAGCAAGGAGGCAAGGCGCCGCUGGCCAGAAGGGUCAGUUUCGAUCCGCUUGCGCUACUGCUUGACGCUAGUUUGGAGGGAGAAUUGGAGCUGGUCAAGAAAACAGCGACCCAGGUGCAGAACGCCAGUGCUGCCAACGACGAAGGAAUCACAGCUCUCCACAACGCCAUCUGUGCGGGACACUUCGAAAUCGUUAAAUUUCUGGUGGAGCUGGGCUGCGACGUGAACGCGCAGGACUCGGACGGCUGGACGCCGCUGCACUGCGCCGCCUCCUGCAACAACCUGCCCAUGGUGCGCUUCCUCGUCGACAAUGGAGCGUGUAUAUUCGCAACGACGCUGUCUGACCACGAGACGGCGGCGGAGAAAUGCGAAGAAGACGAGGAAGGCUUCGACGGCUGCUCAGAGUAUCUCUACAGCGUCCAAGAAAAACUGGGCAUCAUGAACAACGGCCUAGUCUACGCAGUGUUUUCGUACACGGCGAGCAGGAGCGACGAGUUGUCGUUCAGUUCUGGCGCGCGACUGCACGUGUUGAGGAAGGGCGACGACAGCGAGCGCGAGUGGUGGUGGUGUCGCGACGACAAGGCGCAGGAGGGAUACGUGCCCAGGAAUCUGCUCGGGUUAUAUCCGAGGGUAACCACGCAGCAAGAAUGAAUCAAUGAAGCUUACAUAUUAUGACCUGAUUAUCUUGUAAAUACUGUUAGCUCCUGUUAUUUUUUAUGUAUUUAUAUCACUGUAAUCUAAACUAUAUAGAUAUUGUAUACAAUUUUAUCAGAUCGAAUAUUUUGUAAAUAUUUAAAUACUUAAGUCCAAAACGAAUGAGAUUAUAUUGUACAUUUUAUAAAUACGCGAGUCAUAAUUAAAUAUUGGUCAUAAAGUUUGUAUAUUGUUCUUAGAAUGUCUGGAAUAUUGUGAGAUAUUACUCAUAAAUUGACAAUACAAAUAAAUCAUGAACUAUU